UCGCACGAAAGGCCUACCUGCACACUCUCGUCCAGCAGUGGCCAAAGACAACAUCAGCAAGCAACAAUGAAGAUUGUGGUGUUUGCACUCCUAGUGGCUUUAGCUUGCGCUUCCGAGAUAGAGAAGCGAGAGGCGGAGCCAGGUUAUGGAGGAUAUGGCCACGUGAGCCACCAUCAUCGUCCUUCCUAUGGAUAUGGCUAUUCUAAUCACUAUCAUAAGCGAUCUGCUGAUCCUGAGCCUGAAGCUGAACCUUCCUAUGGCUAUGGCUCUUCUUAUGGGUAUCGCCCAGUCACCUAUGGCUACUCUCACCGCUAUCACAAGAGGUCUGCUGAUCCUGAGCCAGAAGCUGAACCUUCCUAUGGCUAUGGCUCUUCCUAUGGGUAUCGCCCAGUCACCUAUGGCUACUCUCACCGCUAUCACAAGAGGUCUGCUGAUCCUGAGCCAGAAGCUGAACCUUCCUUUGGAUAUGGCUCUUCUUAUGGGUAUCGGCCAGUCACGUAUGGCUACUCUCGCCGCUAUCACAAGAGGUCUGCUGAUCCUGAGGCAGAAGCUGAACCUUCCUAUGGCUAUGGCUCUUCCUAUGGGUAUCGGCCAGUCACCUAUGGCUACUCUCACCGCUAUCACAAGAGGUCUGCUGAUCCUGAGUCAGAAGCUGAACCUUCCUAUGGCUAUGGCUCUUCCUAUGGAUAUCGCCCAGUCACCUAUGGCUACUCUCGCCGUUAUCAUGGAUAAGAAAAUCGUGUGCGCAAAAGGUCUACUGAUCCACAGCCAACGGCAAGACCUCCCAGGUAUAGGUUCGGACAUACCUAUAAUUAUUCUCGUCUAGUCUACUACUGCCCAUCUAUAACUAACAGCCAAAGAGGAAAGACACAGAUGUCUAUAGCUAGCAAUAGAUUUUUAUUUUUUGUUAGUUCAAGAAUGUUCUGCAACUUCGACGAAAUAAUAACGUAUUCAUACUAUACAAGUCAUUUUUA